GGUUCUAAUGUCAAGUUUCAACAACACCUACAUAAUCGUCUGCUGGCUAAUAUCCAGUAAAGGGGAACAAUACGGGACUGUGGUGAGUGCUCAGUCCACAUCGGCCAAUGCACAGCUAGACAGGAGCACCAUCGGUUCAACCGUUAGCAUGCUACUCUCCAGAGAUUGAAUAUAAAUCGACAGAUAUGUAAUAUUGUGGGCACUGUGGACCAUAUUUUUGAGCUCACUAUAGCUAUUCGGUCGCUUCAGCGUGGGCUUCCACUUCUAACAAGACCAAACAUCUUCUCCCCAUGCGACCAAGCCAUGUACUUUCCGUCGACGCACGCAUGAUACCACAGAAGAAAUGCACGCUGAAUCUCAUAUGGAACCGACGCCAGAACUGCGCAGCAAAUAUACAGAUACCAAGAUACCCCCUAAUGCAACGGAUGAGAAACGGACACUGUCUUUCGCCGGUAUGAUCCAGCGAACGCUUGCGCAGCUCCAGCCUCAAGGCAUCAUGCCCAACAUGCCCAACAUACCCCAGCUUCCUCUUCCGCAUCUACUCGAGAUGCCAGCCGUCCUCUGGGGCGCCCCCGCAGAUCCCGAUGGCACUUCCUAUCUUCGUCCCGAUAACAGAGUAGCCGUUCCCCGGCGACAAGUGGCCAACUUGAAGUCUCUCAAUGUCUGGAACUGCCAAAGCCACCCUUGCUUAAGUCCCACAGCCGUCAUUUGA